AAAAAAAUAAAAAUAAAAAUAAAAUUUCCUUUGCUAAUCAUGUUUUCCACUCUUUCUCUUCUUUACCACCUUUUUUAAUUUAUUGCCAGUAUACCUCAUGCUGCCCAUGACGAUUAAUGAGAGGGAACUGUCGAGUGAAAAACCGAGCAUAAAGCGUGUCACAUUUGAUUUAGACAACAUACAGAUUGAAACAAUUUCUGAUCACUCAUCGACAUGUUCUUCUUCAUACUCCAUCAGUGAACCUUCUACACCGUCACUUCCACCGAUAAGAAAUAUUGAGCGGAUAUCUAAAAGAGAAAGCUACGACGCACUUCAAAAAAGACAAGAGAUGAGGCGGUACUAUCAACCAGGCUACUGGUAUCCUUCGUCUUCACCGGUUACUCAGCAGCCACAAAGGUCUAUAGAAUAUACAGAACAGCUAAUAAAUGAAAUCAUACGGCGAGAGAUGGCACUUCAUCCUCAGUUAUUCUCUGUUUAUACAUCAAGAGAGAAGAAAAGGCUGUUUUUUAUUCGAAUUGUCAAGGCAGAAUCACUUGAUCUUCCAAUUGAGAAAGCAACAGAUGAAGUAUACGUGUACUGUAGUCUUCGAUAUAAAGACUUGGAAACUAAGUCGCACAAACAAAAAUUAUCUCAUACGGUGAAUAUAGAAUAUCAUGAAACUAGAAUUGAGCAAAUAGAUCCAAAGGAGCAAAUAAUACUCACAUUACAUAUUGAGCGUCCACCAUCAAAAAAAAUGUCAUGGUACCAUCGAAUUCGACCCAACAAAAAGACCCAAGGCGAUCUUGAUCGUUACGUAAAUCCCAAAGAUGGAUCCAUUUGUCAAACUGUAUUUUCAACUAGUCGAUUUAUGGAUAGUAGGAAUAUAUCAACAGCUACAUUAUUGCUAGUGAAUAACUGGUAUCGGUCAAACCAUCCGACGAUGAUGAACAAAGCGGUCAUGGAAAAGGCGAUUGGCAAGAUCUACAUAGAGUAUCUUUGUUUUACCUAUGAUUCGACGCUAUGUCAUAAUAUACCAAACACGAUGAAGGAAGCCAAUGACAUUAUUCAUCAAGGUUAAAAAAAAAAGCAUGCACGGACAUAUAUUAAUGCCACACGAUUGCUUGCAUUUUAAUAAUGUAAAUAAAUCCUUUAAUGAAUUGUACAUAAAUCAAAUUAUUA